AGAAAUUAAAUCAGUUUUAAGUCGUGUGCUGAGCGGAGUGUUUGCCUUCGAAAUAAAGUUGUUAAUUCUGUGAGAAUAUAUUCAAGUGAAAAUGUACCAGCGACAGGUCUCCUUUGAUAAGCCCACUCGUAUGGAGGACUCGGCUUACAUAGCCGAGGGUGUGGACAUCCAGGAGGCGAGAAACACCUGCCUGUUGUUCUCCCCAAAGGACUCGUCGCUGUCCAGCGGAGCUCUGGCCAACAUCCUGGCCAUUUUCAAGAAGCACGACAUCAACCUGGUGCACAUUGAAUCCCGCUCCUCGCUUCGUGUUCCCGGCUACGAGUUCUUCGUGGAGUGCGACGGCAAGUCCGGGGCGUUGGGCAAGGCCAUCGAGGACGUGAAGGAGCAGUGCAGCUACUUCAACAUCAUUUCCCGGGACUACAAGGACAAUGCCACAGCCGUGCCCUGGUUCCCGCGGCGUAUCCGUGAUCUGGAUCGCUUUGCCAACCAGAUUCUGAGCUAUGGCUCCGAGCUGGACGCCGAUCAUCCCGGAUUUACCGACCAGGAGUACCGCAAACGCCGCAAGUACUUCGCCGACAUUGCCUACAACUACAAGCACGGCGAGCCCUUGCCACAUGUGGACUACAACAAGGAGGAGAUCGAGACCUGGGGCAUCAUCUUCCGUAACCUGACGAAGCUCUACAAGACUCAUGCCUGUCGGGAAUACAACCACGUCUUCCCCCUCCUGGUGGACAACUGUGGUUUCCGCGAAGACAAUAUUCCCCAACUGGAGGAUGUUUCCAACUUCUUGAGAGAUUGUACUGGCUUCACACUACGCCCUGUGGCUGGACUUCUCAGCUCUCGGGAUUUCCUGGCCGGACUGGCCUUCCGCGUCUUCCACUCCACUCAGUACAUCCGUCAUCCCAGCAAGCCCAUGUACACCCCCGAGCCGGAUGUGUGCCACGAGCUCUUGGGUCAUGUCCCCCUGUUUGCCGAUCCGGCCUUUGCCCAGUUCAGUCAGGAGAUCGGACUGGCCUCUCUGGGAGCUCCAGAUGACUAUAUUGAGAAGCUGUCCACGAUCUUUUGGUUUACUGUGGAGUACGGCUUGUGCCGCCAGGAGGGUGAGCUGAAGGCUUACGGGGCUGGCCUGCUCUCCUCCUACGGAGAACUGGAGUACUGCCUCACGGACAAGCCCCAGCUGAAGGACUUCGAGCCGGAGGUCACUGGCAUCACCAAGUACCCAAUCACCCAGUUCCAGCCUGUGUACUACGUGGCCGAUAGUUUCGAAAGUGCCAAGGAGAAGACUAUUAAAUUUGCCAACUCGAUUCCCCGUCCCUUCGGCGUCCGAUAUAAUGCCUACACUCAGAGUGUCGAGGUUCUGGACUCCAAGCCGCAGAUCUCGAACCUGAUGGAGACCAUCAACUCCGAAUUCCAGAUCCUCCAGAACGCCAUUGUCAAGUUGCGAGUUUGAAUGAUUAGCAGCCCAUCUAUUAUAUUUCACUCCCCUCCCUCUAUAUAAUAUUAAGAAAGUUUGAAAUAAAUAAACAAUAUGAAAGUUAGUCGUCUUUGUAACUGA